AUGUUCACUGAGCACGAUGUGAAGAGCAUCUUUUCCCUCUUUCCUCCCCACACUAGCGCGGAUUUCAUACCACAGUUUGCUAUAGCAUCCAGUGGUAAUGGCUUCGUUACACUGCAAUUCGCCCAGGCACAGUUCAGGAGCCGGGUGACAAAAGAGACAGAACGAAUCUCAGUGUCGGCAUUGGCUAGCCAUCUCGACAUCAGCACAACACUUGUACUCCAGCUUGUUCGGAGCCACCCUAAGCUAUGUCUGCUAAGUGCAGAUCAAGGCAGCGUCAUUCCCAUCGGCGAGCGAGAUUCCCUACGGGAGAAGCUCGCCAUUCUGCUCACUUCAGGACUGCAUUCCAAGGCUGAUUUCAUUGCUCAACACGACAUCUGGCCCAAGAGUCUUGACGCCCUACUUACAGACCAAGAUGACGAGAUUAUGCAUUGUGACAGCUACAUAUGUACAAGGGCAUAUGAAACCAUGAUUGCCAAUGACAUGUUGAGUAAGGUCAAGCAGGCACUCAGCGAGAUACAAACGGCAACCAUUUCCCCAGAUGAUCUAUCCGGCAGCCCGCCAGCAUGGUUCAUGUUCCGCACACUAGAAAAGGCACUAGAAUCUGAAGCUCUCACGUGCCAAGUCAACAUCGAGCAACACCCAGACCGUGUAACCUGCACGCCCAAGCAACUCGUAGAAUCAAAACGCGCCGCAAUUCUCGAGAGUCUCAAAUGCGGAGCGCUCGCGUACCUAGACCUCCAAAAAUUUGCAACAGAGUACUCGGAGCUAGUCCCAUCCUACGAAGACGCCGUAUCCUACUUUCAGAACAUCAAAGAGGUCGACAUCAUCGACGCGUUCGCCGUCUCAAAGCCGUGGGUCUCGCAAAUCGAACAAGAGUCCCAACGCAUACUCGAACAAGAAGGCUGCACAUUGGACGUCACAGAGUACAUUGGCUCGCGUCUGCCCCCUAACCUCAUAGAACCUACAGUCGCCAAGAUCAAGAAUUCCGUCAUCAGUGCAUCCGCACAAAGGUCUGAACAAGAGAAAAUCGUACGAGUCGGUCACCUGAUACUUAGCGAAGCACGACGCAACGAUGCCCUCGACGAGCUAGCCAUGUAUGCAAAAGCAGACGCAGACACGCAAUGGCAGGCUCUUCGCAACGACCCCAACCGGACAGAAGACAUCAAAUUCAGCCGCGACAGAAUCCGAGAUGUAGUCCCCAAGGCAGGCCUUGUCCAGCGUCUGCUCACCGACGAAAAGUCCGUCGAGCGCUUGCUAGACGACACCUUCUGGACGGCCAUUUCCGGCCUCGAAGCCACAAACGAAUCAGACUUUGCAGUCUACUGGACCGACCGUGUCGUCGCCCGUUUCCACGUCUACAGGACGGGAGUAAGCCAUGUGGGCGACCAAAAACUGCACGACCAGCUUGCAGAAGUGCUCGCUUCCUAUGUACACAAAGAGGUCGUUCCGGAAACAAUUGCCAAGGCACGCGCACAGGGCCUAAUGCUGAGUCGCAAGACGCGGAAGAAUGUGGCGAGACUGUCUAGCAUCCUGGAUUCGACAAAGACAAUAGACAUUCCGGGCAUAGCGGCUGCAUUGGAAAAAUUCAGCAAGAAACAGGGUAUUACAGCACCAGCAGACGCGAGCCUUGGGGCGGCAAAACAAAGCAUGGUGCAUGAUAUGCUGCGUCGGUUGCAGAAGCAAAAGGCUUCAGAUGGCCCUGUGCUGUUCUUGAUGCUGGUCAUCAUCUUGUUUGCAAAGCACUACGAUGGCGUCGUGUAUGCCACGGGCAAAUUUGCGCCAAAGCUGCUGAAGCAUUUGAAGGGGAACAUGGAACCUGAGCAGUAUGAAAAGGUGGAGAGGUGGAAGGAGGCAGCCAAGGCGAGCAGCUUGACGGCAGAGCAUAGAGCGGAUAUGGUCAAGAUGGCCGAAGCAAAGGCUGUGGUGCAAGAGUGAUGAGCAGUCAGCUGGCCCACGGCAUCCACGGCUAUGGUACAAAAACAUGCACACUUGAUCAGAGGAGCAGCAUAUGAAUCAUAGAAAUUACUAUUCAUUCAGGCUAUAGUACAGCUAAUGAGGUAAAAGG